CAUCUUGCUUCCUCCCAACCUUUUCCCACUCUCCCAUCUCAUCUCACCUCUGACCCGACUCCUGCUCUGAACGACCACCCUAUAUCUUCACGGCCAUCAUCCGUUCACACCCGCAUCAACACACACAAGCACAUCACCGGUGCAACACCCCCAGCAGCAAAAUAAAGGCACUCGCCGGCGACGACAUGGCCUCGUGCGCGGCGCUGCGGGCGCUGGCGGUGCUGCUGUGGGUGGCGGCGGCGUACCCGGUGGUGUUCCGGGCGCGCCCCGUGCAGGCGCUGGCGGCCAACUGGGGCACCCGCGCGCUGCACCCGCUGCCGGGGGACAUCACCGUGCGCCUCCUCCGGGACAACGGCUUCGACAAGGUCAAGCUCUUCGAGGCCGACCCGCCCGCGCUCCGGGCGCUGGGCCACUCGGGCAUCCAGGUCAUGCUCGGCCUCCCCAACGAGCUGCUCGGCCCCGUCGCCGCCAGCGUCAACGCUGCCGAGCAGUGGGUGCUGCAGAACGUCUCCACCUACGUCUCCAAGUACGGCGUCGACAUCCGCUACGUCGCCGUCGGCAACGAGCCCUUCCUCAAGUCCUACAAGGGCAAGUUCGAGGCCGCCACGCUGCCCGCCGUCCAGAACGUGCAGGCCGCGCUCGUCAAGGCCGGCCUCGCCCGCCAGGUGCACAUCACCGUUCCGCUCAACGCCGACGUCUACGAGUCCCUCGACGGCAAGCCCUCGUCGGGCGACUUCCGCCCGGACAUCGCAGGCCUCAUGGUCAGCCUCGUCCGCUUCCUCCUCGACAACGGCGGCGUCCUCACCAUCAACAUCUACCCGUUCCUCUCCCUCUACGCCGACGCCAACUUCCCCAUGGACUACGCCUUCUUCCCCUCCCCCGGCGCGCCGCCGUCCCAGGCGUCCGUGCAGGACGGCAACGUGCUCUACACCAACGUCUUCGACGCCAACUACGACACCCUCAUCGCCGCGCUCGAGAAGCACGGCCUGGGGGCCAUCCCCGUCGUCGUCGGCGAGAUCGGCUGGCCCACCGACGGCGACAAGAACGCCAAUGCCGUCAACGCGCAGCGAUUCAACCAGGGCCUCUUCGACCGCAUCAUCGCCGGCAAGGGCACCCCGCGCCGCCCGCAGAUGCCCGACGUCUACGUCUUCGCGCUGCUCGACGAGGACAACAAGAGCGUCGACCCCGGCAACUUCGAGCGCCACUGGGGCGUCUUCAACUACGACGGCUCCCCCAAGUACCGCCUCAACCUCGCCAGCGGCCGCCCCAUCGUGCCGGCCAGGGGCGUCCGCUACCUCUCCAAGCAGUGGUGCGUGCUCCGCCCGGACGCCAGCCCCUCCGACCCGGCCAUCGCCGGCGCCGUCGGGUACGCCUGCGAGUACUCCGACUGCACCAGCCUCGGCACCGGAUCCUCCUGCGGCAACCUCGACGCGCGCGCCAACGUCUCCUACGCCUUCAACCAGUUCUUCCAGGCGGCCAACCAGCAGAAGGGCGCGUGCAACUUCAACAACCUCUCCACCAUCGUCACCACCGACCCGUCCCAGGGGACCUGCCGCUUCGAGAUCAUGAUCGACACCGGCCGGCACGAGCUCACCGGAAAGUCGGCCGCCGGCAGGGUGGCUGCUUCCUCCUCGUGGAGCGCCGUGCUAGCGCUCGGCUUGGCCGGCCUUGUUGCGACCGCGUGGUGAGGCUGCGACGCAACGGCUAGAAACUAGAGAGCGCCAACAAUUCUUUGAUUUUUCUUAUACUAAGGGCGAAUUAAUAUUAAGGAUAUUCUUGGUGGUAAAUACUUAUUUAUUUACCAUUGGAGGAUUAUUGGCCAAGGGUAGCUUCUGUUACUGGCAAAGGGAUUAUUUAUUUACUGUAUCAGACUCAACUGGAGGAAUUGUUGAAGCUGGAUUCUUUCUGAUGUACAUAUAUCUGCAUACACGACAGAGAU